GUGGAUUAAACAAAGCAUCGAUGCAAAGAAUUUGUGUCGAAGCAUUUUAUGAAUCGAUUUUAUCGAUGAAUCGUUUCAGACCUAAUGUUGAACAAAGGCUUUAGUAAAACAGCCCUGGGUCUGAAAACUGAGCACAAACAAAGUCGGAGAGAGAACGGAACAGCGGUACGUUCGGACAUGCUUCUUAGCUUAACUUUAGCUGUGAAGAUGACUGAGUAACAGCCACAGAAGGAAGGUCUGAGGAAUUGUGAGACAAGGUAUAUGACCAGGCGAGGGGAAGACCUGUGUGGGGUUUCAAUGCUGGAUAAAGGAAUAAAAACCGAUGUUGAGGUUGCUCUGUUUCUGCUGGACAGUGUGCCUUGCUGUGGGUGCGCCUGUUCAGGAGGAAAUGCCUGAGGUUAAAUCCGUUGUUGGUGCGGAUUGUACUCUUCAGUGUACCGCUAAAUCCAAGCCUGGUGUCCAGUACAGCGCCCUGAGAUGGUACAAGGUCAAAGAGGCUCCGGCGCCUGGUCUUAGCGGCCUUUUGACCCAAGACCUCACCACCGGCAUGACGCGACUGUACAAGGGUGUGGAGCGAAAAGUGGAGCUGCUGACAGAGUCCAGCAGCAUCUUCCUGCCUAGUGUGACGUGUGCUGACCGUGGCGUGUACAGCUGUCACCUGGCAGCACCUGUGGGGGAGCAGAACCAGGAUGGAGAGGUCCUUCUCAACGUGACAGAUUGUGCUGACACUCCCACGGAAAACCAGACAAUCCCGAUGACAGAUGCUUACAUGGUUAUUAUUGCAACAGCGGUGCUGAUGGUUGCACUUGUCAUAUUCAUAAUAAGCUAUGUUAGCCUGAAGAAUACCAUCAAAGGCAAAAACAAGACAACAAAUAAAGAAAGGUUACUGAACGCAUCGCUCAAACCUCUUGAAAAAAAGGACUUAAUGAUGAUCUAUACUUUGGGUCCUAAACCCACGAUGAAGCAUGUCUGCGUUUAAAGACAAAGCCUGUGCAGAAAAAUCCUACUGUAGGAGAAAUAAGUCCAGGACGACUCCACGAAAUAGCUUCUUUGAUAUCUAUAACUGGUCCUCAGUUGGUGCCACUCGUAUGAAAAACAGAUGAAAAUCUCCAGAUUUGACUGAAACAAUGAAAAAUUCCUCCAACGAAAAGUCCAGUUUAAUUAGACAACUCAUAAUCACGAUCGCAGACUUCUUUUACAUGAUGCCCCCUAAUCUAAACAUCAGCUGAGGACAAGGACCAACUCGUAGAAAACCCUUCAGAAGCUACAACAAAUGUGGACACAGAGCGGGGUCUUCCUAACCCGGACUGCCAGGAAGCACAGAGUUAAGCACAGGCCGGUGAAUCUAGAGGUCAGGAGGAGGAGGUAGCAUGGUUGCAUCUCCUGUCCACAUGCUGAAGUUUCCUUGGGCAAGACACUGAACCCCAUCUUGCUCCUGGGGGUCAGACCAGCACGCAUCAGUGUGUGAGUGAGUGUGAAUGAUUAAAGAUGAACUGUUGGGCUGUUUCUUCCCAUCUAUGUGCAGUGUACGUGUAUCAAAACACCUUAAAGAGACAUCUGCUGAACAGCGGCCGCUGUGGCCACAAGGGGCAUCUACGGCAUGAGAGUAAAAUUUAAAGUGUAGUGUACGGCAAUUUAUACCUCUGUUAGAUAUCGUAGCGAUGAAGAAGACAAAAGUUAACACAGUGGUACAUAGAACAUAGUGGAACAUGGUUGUUUUUGUGCCUCUCGAGUUCAGGGGGCUUUAAGACAGAUCUUCUCUUUGUCUUGUUGCUGUAGCUGCAUUUCGCACAUGAUUAUUCGGUCACAUCACUUUAUUUUAUGCUCUUGUCAAGAUCACAACCUUUGAAACGAAUGCUGAAUCUGAAUUGCAGGAUGUCGAGGUGAAUUGUAGGAAGUUGUGCAGGGUAAAAUUAGGGACCAUGACUGAGGAUGAAUGAACAAGGACAGGAAGUAGAAUUACAAUCCAGUUAGUGUGUCCAGGUGUGACGGAUAAAGGAGUGUGGAUCUUGGAAUUGAGAUGAAUGACAUUAAAGCUACAAACAGAGGGACUAGAACACCCCUCUGCAUGAUACCGUAUACCUUUUGUUGUUUUUAAGUCUCUAAAGUUCUCAUUUGUUAAUUGUAUGUGCGUGUACCAAAUUAUUUUUUUAUUUGUAUUUUUUUAUAGCUUUAUAUGUAAUUUAAUGUUGCAUUAAAACUUGAUACUGUGACUUCUGAACUUGUAAAAACAUUAAAUCAAUUGAUUGUUUAAAAAGUUUUUAUCUAUUUCAUAUUUGAACAGCAGAAAAUCAGGAAAUCAGAUUCAAGAUUCCACAUCUGCAGAAGAAAUGUGUCUGUUGCAAAGACCAGUGUGGACAGAGCUGUAAAAAUGGCUUGCAAACUGAACAUAGUUUGUACGUUUAUAUCUUUUUUAUCACGUGCGGAGGUGAAAAACUCCUACACCGUCCACGUGUAGCAGCAGCUUUAAUUCCCCUCAAAAAACAAGAACUGAAACAGAAUGACAUUUUCUUACACCUCUGCUCUCGGCUACAUAAAUAAUCUCUGACCUUUAUUUUGAAACUGGGAAACUCCCACAGAGAGCCACGUCAUUUACUGUCUGGGCUUUUUUAUAAUUUAGCACUUCUUCUUUGAAAACAGUCUGAAAUGCACAUGAUAUGUUUUUAUUUGUGGAGCUACAAAGAAUAACAACAGAUAUACCUAUGUCGCAAUGUCUUAUUUAUAUUAUUAUAUCUUUAAUGUCAAAUACUGCUAAGUUACCUGGCUCAGUUUAAGAAUAUUGUAUGUAGAUUUCUGUUUUAUAAGACUUUUUAGUGGUAAAAAUGUAAAACUAAAGAAUGGACAGAGGAGUACACUGAGGAAAUGAAGGCCCGUUGCUUAGAGUUCACCUCACACCUGCAAAAAGAAUGAAAAGUGUGUAGUACUGUGUGUUAUAUAUAGGAUUUGGGGCUUUUAGCACGUUGAAAUGCCAGACAGUGAGACACUUUGAGGGCAGAUGGUUCUUGUUUUUAUUGUUUUGUUCUUUAUGAGCCAAUAGAAGAGAGAAAUGGAUCUUGUGAUUCUGAGAUCAGUUAUGAAUUGAGAAGAGAAAGCUACUGGUGCUUGUACAACUUUGGUUUGUUGACUUGUCUGAAACAGUGCUGACAGUGUAGUGGGUUUUUUUCAGGAGUUUUUUCAAGGCAUAAAUGUUGACUAGGCUUAUUCAGGGUUACACGACUUACCUAUGUGAUUGUGUUUGUUGUUUAUCUGCUGUACUGUGCAUUUCAGGUUUACAUGACAGGAAAUGAAAGCAGUAGCUUGUAUAUGACAGAAAUGAUGUGUUUAUAGGGGAAGUCCAUCUAAAGUGCUGCUAUGAGUUUCUAUUCUGCAAAAUGGAUCUGUUUUCAUGUCAGUGAAAGGAAGUUUUCUUCCAAAAAACAUAAAGGCAUAAGGAGAAAUAACUCAUAACAUGUCUCCCUCACUGGGGUUUAACUAAAUAUCAUGUCUUGUAGUUUUAGUAGUAUACUAGUAGUGUAAUAUGCCUAUUUAAUAACAACUAAACUGUUAAAUGUAUUUGGAUGAGCUGCAUUUACAUCAUUAUCAAGUUUUGGCAAAAGCUGGACCACAAUAAAACAAUUUUAACCUC